AUGGACGCCGUCGCCGCCGCCGUCUCCACUCUCUCCGCGCUCGCCGUCUUUGCGAGCACCGUCGACCACGGCGCCGCUGUCGUGAGGAGCGUGCACGGGUACAAGGUCUACGGGAGGAGAGGGAGGUGGGAGAAGUGGGUGGAGAGGGAGUUCGUCCUCUCCCCGGAGUCGUGCCGCGAGGUCCCGGCCCCCGUCGCGCCGCCGCGGAUACUGCCGGCGGAGUGGCGCGGCCGGCCGGCGUUCCGCGAGGGGCAGGUGGUGGUGGGCGCCUGGCGCUGCAUUCUGGCCUUCGAUUCCGUCGCCGCCGUCGCGCCGCCGCCCACGCCGCCGCCCGUGCUCUCCCCCUUCCUGAAUCCGAGGUUGAUGUGUGUACCUUCGCUGUACAACGACUUGAAAAAGGUGUUUCGGUUUCAGAAUGUGGAGAACAUCCCCAAGCUCAUGCAAUGUGAUUCGGAGGAGAAGCUGAACAGUUGGGAUGCACAGGAUAAAAUUUCUGAUGAGGAGGUUCAUGCAUCGGAGUCUGAUUCUGAUGAUGAUCUCCAGUCUGGUGAAGAACUUAAGCCAACAGUUCAGAAGCAGCGGAGAGCUAAAAAGAAGCACAUAGCCAGCAUUACUCUAGUCGACAUCGCUCAGUACUUCCAUCUUCCAAUCAUAGAGGCUUCAAGGACUCUGAAGAUUGGAGUCAGCAUACUGAAGAGGAAAUGCCGGCAAUAUAACAUACCCCGCUGGCCUCACCGGAAGAUCAAGUCCCUCGACUCCCUCAUUCAAGAUCUUGAGUUUGUGAUUGAUGAUGAUGAUGACACGGGAGAUGAUGUGCAGAAGGAGAAGGACAAGCAGACGGAAGAGGAGAAGCAGGAGGUGAUCCAGGCGCUCACAAGGCGGAAGGAGAUGCUGGAGACGGAGAAAGAGGCCAUCCAGCAGGUUCCUGCCAUGGACCUGAAGGAAGAAACCAAGCAGUUCAGGGAUGAUGUUUUCAAGAGGAGACACAGCAAAAAAGAUUUAGCCAACGAUUAUAGAUAUGCUCAUAUGCUCCUCUCUCUCUCUCUGGAGAUUGACGUUGAACUCUCAUGCAUGCGUAGCAAGUAGGAACAUCUUCAGACAGUAGGAACCAGGAACGGUCGAACGGAUGAUCGGUGCGUGUCAAAACUGGUCAACUGAAUCCGGUUGACUUUACCUGGUGUGAACAGGUUAUGACUUAUGAGUGAACAUUGUUUACCACAAGCUUCUCG